AUGUCUUUCGACAUGGACUUUACCUUCAUGAGCCGGUAUACCGACGGCUUCGAGUUGAAUUUUCGAGGACGCAGUUAUCGCUUUCACGAUCCUGAUGCAAAUCGAAAGGAAUUCGUUGUCACAGGGUUAAACCGACUACCACCACUGCCAAGCAAGAAAAUGUAUCGUAUCAUCGUGAAAAAUCUGACAUUCCAGGCUCAGAAGGCAAACGGAAACUUUUACGAUGUCGAUGAAUGCGAUUUAUAUCUGGAGUUUCAGAACGCAUACCUUGGAUUAGACUUUUUGACCUAUCUCGAGGAUCGAUUGUAUAGGCAAAUU